AUGGACAAUGCAACUUUCAAUAUGGAUGUUCUACAGCUGGAGGGGUUAAAGGUCGACCCCUCCUCCUCCGUUCCCGCCUUCAUCCUCCUCCUCCUCAUCUACGUCUUCAUCAUGGUGUCCAACAUCGGCCUGGUGGUGCUGAUCACCACGGAGAGGAGCCUGCACCAGCCCAUGUACCUGCUCUUCUGCAACAUGAGUAUUAACGAUGUUUUUGGGGCGACGACCGUCAUUCCUCGUGUCCUGAGUGAUGUUUUCACUCCAAGUGCUGACCGGUACAUUUCUUACGUAGACUGCGUCAUUCAGGCUUUUUGUGCUCACUUUCAUGCGAGCGUUUCUCACACCGUGCUCAUGAUCAUGGCCUUCGAUCGCUACGUGGCCAUCUGCAACCCGCUGCGGUACGCCACCAUCAUGACCCACAGGAUGGUGGUGAUGCUGUCCGUGUGGGCGUGGGGGGUGGCAUUUCUCUUGAUUGUGGUCCUCAUAGGCCUCAACGUGCGCCUGUCGCGCUGCAGGCGGGUUGUAUCCAACCCGUUCUGUGACAACGCGUCCUUGUUCAAGCUCUCCUGUGAAAACGUUAUCAUCAACCACAUUUACGGCGUCAUCACCGCCAUUCUCAUGAUAUCCGUGUCCCUGUGCAGCGUGACUCUCACCUACCUGAAGAUCGCCCAAGUGUGUUUGAGCAGUAAGAACAAGACUAUGAACAGACGGGCGCUGCAGACCUGCACCACCCACCUGACCGUGUACAUCAUCCUGCUGUUUUCCGGCACCAUCAUCGUCGUCCUCCAUCGUUUCGCAAACUUAUCAGAUCACAGGAAGAUGGCGUCCAUCUUGUUGCAUGUGGUUCCUCCUGCUAUGAACGCUGUUAUCUACGGACUGCAAAUUAAAGCGGUCAGAGAAAAGAUUAUGAUCAUAUUUAGAAGAAAAACAAAUUCAGAAAUACUUUAUUGA